GCGCCGGGCUCAGCCAUGGCGGAGGCUGCGGCCGCUCCCGCUCCCCCCGCGCCCCGCGGCCGCUGAGCCCCGCCGGAGCCGCGCCCGCCGCCCGCCCGCCGCCAUGGCCGAGCCCGCGGCCGUGUCCUCGCUGCCCCGCGAGGUCCGCGAGCAGCUGGCCGAGCUGGAGCUGGAGCUCUCGGAAGGGGACAUCACACAGAAGGGGUAUGAGAAGAAGAGAGCAAAGCUGCUGGCUCCAUAUGUUCCACAAACCCAAGGGGUUGAGCCAGCACUACAGAAGGAAUCCAAACCUCAGAUGCCCGUUCCAUCUGCAGCUCCAGCCUCAGCAUCAUCCUCCUCAUCCUCAUCCAAAUUCCACCGAGCUCGCUCGGGGGGAGCCAGAGAUGAACGCUACCGAUCUGACAUCCACACGGAAGCGGUCCAGGCGGCGCUGGCCAAGCACAAGGAGCAGAAGAUGGCCCUGCCCAUGCCCACCAAGCGCCGCUCCACCUUCGUCCAGUCCCCAGCAGAUGCCUGCACUCCCCCAGACACGUCUUCCGCCUCCGAGGACGAGGGCUCGCUCAGGCGCCAAGCUGCUCUCUCUGCUGCAUUGCACCAGAGCUUACAGAAUGCUGAGUCUUGGAUCAACCGAUCUGUUCAGGGGUCAUCCACAUCCUCAUCAGCAUCCUCUACACUUUCCCAUGGAGAAGGCAAAGGGACCAGUGGGUCACUAGCUGAUGUAUUUGCCAAUACUCGAAUAGAAAGUUUCUCAGUCCCUCCAGAUGUCACAGCAACUACCUCCACGCCCUCAGCGCGGCCGGCAGCCAUCGACCUCCCUCCCUCUGGGAUCGUGAAGGGGAUGCACAAGGGAUCCAACCGCUCCAGCCUCAUGGACACUGCAGAUGGUGUUCCUGUGAGCAGCAGAGUCUCCACAAAAAUUCAGCAGCUGCUGAACACCUUGAAAAGACCUAAAAGACCACCCCUGAAAGAAUUCUUUGUGGAUGAUUUUGAAGAAAUUGUGGAAGUUCCCCAGCCUGACCCCAACCAGCCCAAGCCCGAGGGCCGCCAGAUGACCCCGGUGAAGGGAGAGCCCCUGGGGGUGGUCUGUAACUGGCCUCCUGCCUUGGAAGCAGCUCUGCAGCGCUGGGGAACCACUCAGGCCAAGUGUCCCUGCCUGACAGCCCUGGAUGUGACAGGAAAACCAGUUUAUACCCUCACAUAUGGCAAACUGUGGAGCAGAAGUCUCAAGCUGGCCUACACCCUGCUUAAUAAACUGGGGACCAAAAACGAACCCGUGUUAAAACCUGGAGACAGGGUAGCCCUCGUGUAUCCCAACAACGACCCCGUGAUGUUCAUGGUGGCAUUUUAUGGCUGUCUCCUGGCUGAAGUGAUCCCAGUGCCUAUAGAGGUACCUCUUACCAGAAAGGAUGCUGGCGGGCAGCAGAUUGGUUUCCUGCUGGGGAGCUGUGGCAUUGCUCUGGCCCUCACCACUGAAGUGUGUCUGAAAGGGCUCCCAAAAACCCAGAAUGGAGAAAUCGUGCAGUUUAAAGGUUGGCCCAGACUCAAAUGGGUUGUGACAGAUUCAAAAUAUCUCUCCAAAUCUCCCAAGGACUGGCAGCCCAACAUCUCAGCAGCAGGAACUGAGCCAGCAUAUAUUGAGUACAAGACCAGCAAGGAGGGCAGUGUCAUGGGUGUCACCGUGUCCCGUGUGGCCAUGCUGGCUCACUGCCAAGCCUUGUCUCAGGCCUGCAACUACUCUGAAGGUGAAACGAUAGUGAAUGUGCUGGAUUUUAAGAAGGAUGCAGGGCUGUGGCAUGGCAUUCUAACGAAUGUAAUGAACAAGCUGCACACUAUCAGCGUGCCCUAUUCUGUGAUGAAAACCUGUCCUCUCUCAUGGGUGCAGAGGGUUCACGCCCACAAAGCAAAAGUUGCUCUGGUGAAGUGUCGAGACUUGCACUGGGCCAUGAUGGCCCACCGGGACCAAAGAGACGUGAGCCUGAGCUCCCUGCGGAUGCUGAUCGUCACCGACGGCGCCAACCCCUGGUCUGUUUCCUCCUGUGAUGCCUUCCUGAGCUUGUUUCAGAGCCAUGGGCUCAAACCAGAGGCGAUUUGUCCCUGUGCCACCUCCCCCGAAGCGAUGACCGUUGCAAUCCGGAGGCCUGGAGUCCCUGGGGCCCCUCUGCCAGGCAGAGCCAUCCUGUCCAUGAACGGGCUGAGUUUCGGUGUGAUUCGGGUCAACACCGAAGAUAAAAACUCUGCUCUCACUGUCCAGGACGUCGGGCAUGUGAUGCCAGGAGGCAUGAUGUGCAUAGUGAAACCAGAUGGGCCACCCCAGCUCUGCAAAACAGACGAGAUUGGUGAAAUCUGUGUGAGCUCCAGAGCAGGAGGAAUGAUGUACUAUGGGCUGGCAGGGGUGACAAAGAACACUUUCGAGGUGAUCCCUGUGAACUCCUCUGGCUCUCCAGUGGGGGAAGUGCCCUUCGUGCGCUCCGGCUUGCUGGGAUUUGUUGGACCUGGCAGUUUGGUGUUUGUGGUUGGGAAGAUGGAUGGGUUGCUGACAGUGAGCGGGAGAAGGCACAACGCCGAUGACAUCGUGGCCACCGGACUGGCCGUGGAGUCAAUAAAAACAGUUUACAGAGGAAGGAUCGCUGUGUUCUCCGUGUCCGUGUUCUACGACGAGCGGAUCGUGGUGGUGGCAGAGCAGAGGCCAGAUGCAUCUGAGGAGGACAGCUUCCAGUGGAUGAGUCGGGUGCUGCAGGCAAUUGACAGCAUUCACCAAGUGGGUGUUUACUGCCUUGCUCUCGUGCCAGCCAACACAUUGCCAAAAACUCCGCUGGGAGGGAUCCACAUCUCCCAAACCAAACAGCACUUUCUGGAGGGCUCUCUGCACCCCUGCAACAUCCUCAUGUGCCCACACACUUGUGUGACAAACUUGCCAAAGCCCAGGCAGAAACAGCCAGGUGUGGGCCCUGCCUCUGUGAUGGUGGGGAACCUGGUUGCUGGGAAGAGAAUCGCUCAAGCCUCUGGGAGAGACCUGGGUCAAAUAGAAGACAAUGAUUUAGUGAAAAAGCACCAGUUCCUGACAGAAGUGUUGCAGUGGAGAGCUCAAGCGACUCCUGACCACCCACUCUUCCUUCUAUUGAAUGCCAAGGGAACCACUGUGUGCACGGCCACCUGCCUUCAGCUGCACAAAAAGGCUGAGAGAAUUGCAUCAGUGCUGUGUGACAAAGGCCAUCUCAAUGCAGGAGACAACGUGGUGCUUCUUUAUCCUCCUGGCAUCGAGCUCAUCACGGCCUUCUACGGCUGCCUGUACUCGGGCUGUGUCCCUGUCACCGUGCGCCCGCCCCACGCCCAGAGCCUGGUGGCCACACUGCCCACAGUGAGGAUGAUCGUGGAGGUCAGCAAAGCCGCCUGCAUCCUCACAACCCAGACCUUGAUGAGGCUGCUCAAGUCCAGAGAGGCAGCUGGUGCUGUGGAUGUGAAAACCUGGCCGACCAUCAUUGACACAGAUGACUUGCCCAGGAAGAGGCUGGCCCAGAUCUAUAAGCCACCCACACCUGAAAUGUUGGCAUAUCUAGAUUUUAGUGUUUCCACAACAGGAAUGCUCACAGGAGUAAAGAUGUCCCACGCUGCAGUCAGUGGCCUGUGCAGGGCCAUCAAGCUCCAGUGUGAGCUCUACUCCUCGCGGCAGAUUGCCAUUUGUCUGGACCCCUACUGCGGGCUGGGAUUUGUGCUCUGGUGCCUCUGCAGUGUGUAUUCUGGACAUCAGUCAAUUUUAAUUCCUCCUAUGGAGCUGGAAUCCAAUCUUUUUCUCUGGUUAUCUACUGUCAGCCAGUAUAAAAUAAGGGACACUUUCUGUUCCUAUUCAGUCAUGGAACUGUGUACAAAGGGACUUGGAAACCAAGUUGAAAUGUUAAAGGCCCGAGGCAUUAACCUGUCCUGUGUCCGGACCUGCGUGGUGGUGGCAGAGGAGCGGCCGCGCGUGGCCCUCACUCAUUCCUUCUCCAAGCUCUUCAAGGACAUCGGGCUCUCCUCCCGAGCCGUGAGCACCACCUUUGGCUCACGGGUCAACGUGGCCAUCUGUUUACAGGGAACAUCGGGGCCAGAUCCCACCACGGUGUAUGUAGACCUGAAGUCCUUGAGACAUGACAGAGUCCGUCUGGUGGAGCGAGGAGCUCCACAGAGCCUGCUGCUCUCUGAGUCUGGAAAGAUUCUGCCUGGAGUCAAAGUGGUCAUUGUCAAUCCAGAGACAAAAGGGCCUCUGGGAGAUUCUCACCUUGGGGAGAUCUGGGUGAACAGCCCCCACACGGCCAGUGGCUACUACACCAUCUACGACAACGAGACCCUUCAGGCCGACCACUUCAACACCCGCCUGAGCUUCGGCGACGCGGCGCAGACGCUCUGGGCCCGCACCGGCUACCUGGGCUUCGUGCGGCGCACCGAGCUGACGGCGGCCAGCGGAGAGCGCCACGAUGCCCUGUAUGUUGUGGGAGCCCUGGAUGAGACCCUGGAGCUGCGGGGGCUGCGCUACCACCCCAUCGACAUCGAGACCUCGGUGUCCCGAACCCACAGGAGCAUUGCUGAAUGCGCUGUGUUCACCUGGACCAACCUGCUGGUGGUGGUGGUGGAGCUGUGUGGCUGCGAGCAGGAGGCUCUGGAUUUGGUUCCUCUGGUUACCAACGUGGUCCUGGAGGAGCAUUACUUGAUAGUGGGCGUGGUGGUGGUGGUGGACCCUGGAGUCAUCCCCAUCAAUUCCCGAGGCGAGAAACAACGGAUGCACCUCCGGGACAGCUUCCUGGCGGAUCAGCUGGACCCCAUUUACGUGGCCUACAACAUGUGAUGGGAGCACGGAGUGAUCAGGGUGGCUGUGGAAGUGAAGCUGGUGAAAAUUACUAAUACUUGAUCUAAAGUUUGAGGUUGCUGCCACAUUCCCCUCCCUCCUGUCCUGGGGGUUUCAGUCCUGGUGGGGUGAAGGAAAUGGGAGAAGCAACAGCAAACGUUUGUAACAGUUUACUGAACCAUGAGCUUUAGAGAACUGCAGAGGGGGAAGGUGUGUGAGCUACAAAAUCCCCAAGGCCUUUACAGUAGUGUUACUUUUUCACCCGUUGUACAUAUUUGUAUUUUUAUCUAAUCCCGGGUUAGGAUUCUAUAAGGGGUGGGUUUAUUUAGUUAAGAUAAUAAACUAUUAAGAAAAGGGUCAUCAGAGUUCUGCAGUUCCCUACUCCAUGAUCUCCUUUGCAUCUGGAGCUGUUCAUCCCACGGGGUCACACAACUUAUUGACAAUUGUGCCAUGACCAAAUCGAUGACUUACAGAAUCAGAGUUACUUAUUCAUAUAGAGAUUUCUGGAAUUUAAAAAGAAUUUUGCCUAUAUUUUAAAUAUGUAAAUAUUAUUAUACAUAAUUCGCUUAGAUAGAAAAUUAACUUGGCUAGUGAGGACAGCUGAAGGUUGAUGUUUUUAAGGACAGGUGACUUUUGUGGUCCUCAGCAUCAUGGCAUUGGCUUAGACACAAUGUGAGAUGCUCCCACCUUCCCCAGGCUCCUGAUUUCGUUUGUAUCUUUAUUCUGGGCAGAAGUGUGUGGAACCCUUUGGUUUGAAGGCACACCUUUCUCCAGGAGGCUGAAUUCAGCAGGGAACUGGGGAGAAAUGGCAGUGCAGGGAAGGAACUGAGGGACAGCCUCUGCCUCAUCCUGUGGCACCGGGUGUGGAAAGGAAAACCAUUCCUGAGGCUGCCACACCGGUGACUUCCCUGCUUGUGCCAUUCCUCUGGGAUUCCCUCAGCUCCCUGCAGGCAGAGCAGAACUGCUGUGAACAGGCUUUAGUGGAACCCGGGAGCAAACAAAAAUGCUUUCCUCAAAGCAUUCCUGAAAGAACGGGAGGAUUCCAGGUUUAAGUUGGACACGGUUUUUCUUUAACUGGAGGAUCCAGUGAUUCUGGCGAAGACAUUGUUAAAUACCAUUGUGAAAAUUGCAAUUCCAGCCUUCCACAUCCUGUGUCAGCUCCAGCAUUAGGGAAUGGGAAGAAAGAAACCUGAAAGCAGCAGGUACAAGCUCUUCCUGCUGGGGAGCAGGGCUGGGAGAGAGCUGGCGGUUGAGCUUUGACUCAGAAUUAUCUCUUUUUUUAAAAAUUCUUCAUCUUUUAUCAGCAAUUACACUUCUCUGGGUGCUAAUAUAUGGUUUUGGAAGCUUUGGGAGCUGCUACCAGAUCCUGCGACAGGGUUUUUUGAGUCAGAUGUGGUAUACAGUGUAAAUAAACUUUUCAAACGUCCCAGAUUACCUCACGCAAAGUUUUUAGGCAGUUUUUAAAAGGUUUAUGGUGUGGACUUGGAAGAUCCUGUGGCAGUUACUGGAACAGAGUCCAGUGGAUCCACGAGCAAACCCCAGCUGUGUCCUUGAAAAGCUCCUGCUGCAUCCUGGUGGCUCCUCACUGAAAACAGGAGCUUUACAACUCAGACCUUUCAAAUGAUAUUUUUGAAAAAUAUUCGGUGGGAAAAUAGGAACUGGAAGUUUUGUGGCAGGUCUGGACUUAAGGUUCUUUGCGAACACUUUGGGUUUCAGGGGCACAUUUUGGAACCUUGUCUGUGUUUUCCACAGUAUCAGCCAACACUGCAGAAUAUGCACAAAAUCUUCAAUAUAUUUAGUUUUAACAAAUUGAACACAAAGUGGGGACGGUGGCAGGUCAAAACUAAAACAGUUGGUCCUGCAGCUUAUUUUGGGUGUAAAGUGCAUAAAGGUUGUUCUCCCCUUUCAGCCAGAAAAUUCCUGUUAUUCCAUGUUCUUUGUCACCAUUUUUGUGUUUCCUGCACAGCCCAGGCCUGGCCAAGCAGCUUCACUCCAGUGUGACCUUUCCAGGGAAAACUGGUGGUCUUGAACCUUUUUCUUUACUCAAGGCUUUAGAUAAAUGGUUUCAACAAACUUUUUUUUGUCCACUGAAGUAGAUUUUAAGUCCAAUUCCAGGAUUGUCUUUUAUUUUUAUUGGUGAUUUUUCACAAAUAAAACAACGUGUGAAUUAAUUCCAUCAAAUGUGGCAGGUGAAAUUCCUGAAAUGGCAUUUUUGAUUGUGACUGGAUUGAUCUCUCUUUUUAUCUUUUUUCCCUUAGUUUUUUGUUUGGAUAGGUACUGACAGCUUCCUACGGUCUGAGGUUUUAUCUUGCAAGUUCCCUGUGUGCUCCAGAUCUUCCAGCACGUUCCAUUUCUGCGUGCUGGAGAACUGCAGGACACUGCCCGUGGGAUGUGAGAACAUUCCAGGGACAAGGAGAAGCUGCUCACUUUGGCUUCCCUGAAUUCCCUGAGUGCUUUGAGGGUUUUCUAUAAAUCCAUUUCCCACAGUGCUGGGGAGGAGGGAUGGAGCUGGGGCUCUGGAAUCCCCAAAAUUCCACCCCCAGCUCUGCUCAGGCCUUGCCACGAGCCUUCCACAGAUCAUUCCACUCCUCCCUCUGGAGCUGGGGAUGAUCUUUCCAUAUUUUUUGGGAGCAAAGCAAGAUCUUUCACUCCAGACAUUGGCAGGUGGGCAGGGCUGGGUGCUUUCCCCAAAAAACAGCCUCUCGCCCUGCUGUGACUGCAGCUGCUGGGAUGGCACAGGGCACAUUAUUCCCUUUUCUUGCCCCUUGGGUUCCAACUUUACUGCAGUGGAACUGAAAAGCUGGGAAUUCUUCCCACUGGACUGAAGUAUAUUGUGUGUGUCUCACUGUUUCUGAAUCUUCUGCGAGCAAACGCUGUGGGAACAGGACAGUUUUGUCCCGUUUUGUUAGAAUUUGCACUUCAUUUCUGGUUUAAAUCAGUUCAGCUGUGUCCUACUAACUGUCCUAAAACAAGGUUAUAAAAACCAGAUCAUUUCUAGCCCUAGAUGCUUUUUUUUUUUCAUUUUUUUUUGCUUUUAUUUCUGUCAACCUCUUUCCCAUUGUCCAAUCCAGACUCCGGCAUUCUGUAAUUAUGUAUAAAGGUUUUAUUUAUUUAAAAUUAGAUUAGUUACAUUUUUAAAUUUAACACCUGGCUGGACAGUGUCUCAUUAACGCAUUGAUUGUGUUUCCUUUGUCUUGUGUUAAUAAAUAUUGAUGCCUGGUUGCUUGUUUAGUCCUUCCA